ACCUGUUGAAUGUAAACUGUAAUUGCGCGCAGUUUUGAUUAUGCAAUAUAUUAUUUAUAUUUGGUAAAAAAAUUUUUUCCAGGAUCGGCAGUUUCGGGAAUAAACCCUAAUCAGUAAAUGCUUUUGCAUUAUUAGCUGACAAAACAAAUCCAGGUAACUACUUAAUCUACUAAUUAUGGAGAGGCAAAUUUUUAUUGAAAAUCUCUAUCCUGAUGUAGAUGCAUAUCUGUUAUGCAGAGAUUUCAGGCAAUUUGGGAAUAUUUUAUCUGUAAGCAUUGACUAUGAUGACCAGUUUGUUUCAUUAAUGAAAGGGCAAAUAGUCUUUCAGAAACCAUCAAGUGCAAAAGCUGCUCUAAAGAUGAACGGCCAAUGUCUAUAUGGCAGACCUCUAGUGGUAAAAUUGGCUGGUGGUAAACCAAAUCUUCGAAAAAUAAAUAGAAUUUUUACAAAGAUUUUUGUGAAGAACUUUGAUCUCUCCUGGGAUGAUUUGGAUCUUGAGCAAAAGUUUGAAAAUUUUGGUGAGGUUGUUCAUGUUGAGAUAUCAAAGACUGAUGGUAAAUCGAAUGGCUAUGGAUUUGUUACUUUUAAAGAGCACACCUCUGCAGAGAAAGCUGCCAAAGAAAUGAAUGAUAAAGUGUUUGGUGAAAAAGUGUUAAGAGUUGAGCCGUACUUACCCAAGGAUGUGAGAGAAGGCUUGAACUCAAAAUCUUUGGAUCAUGCAAAAGAUAUGCUAGUUAAAGCAACUCAACUCAACAACUUGCAUGUGAAAAAUUUACCAAAAAGCACUGAUGAGAAAGAAUUGAGGAAAUUGUUUGAAGUUUUUGGAGAAGUCACAAGUGUUAAAAUUGCUCGUGAUGAUUCCCAAAAUAGUAGAGGGUUUGGAUUUGUUUGUUUUAAGAAUGAAAAAGAUGCUGAAACAGCUCUUUUCAGAAUGAAGGACUAUUCCUUCCAUUCAAAUAUUUUGGAGGUAAAUUACAAUCAAAGUAAAGAACAACGUCAACACUAUCUGCAGCUUGUCAAGACAGAAAAUCAGCAAAAGAAACCUUUUAAAGAGUUCAAUAAAAAACCACCUGGCGGGAAAAGCGUAGAGUCCGGCACUCGUCAUGCUGCACCCUUGUUUUCUUUUUCCAUGAAGCGCUAGUCUGUUAUUUUAAAUAAAUAUUGAGUCAAGCAAUAACUACCAUUAAAUCAAUCUGUUGUUUUAACUAAUUUGCUGUAAUCCAUUUUUAUUUAAUGGUUUUGCUAUUGGACUACUAUUUGGCUUUGUUUUACAUUUACUUUUUAUAUGAUAUAUGUAUCAAGUUAUCCAUUUUACACUAUUUACUGAAGAUGUUUUUAUUAAAAGAACAUCUGGUUGUAUUACAAAAGAAUAUGUAUCGAUGUAAAAGUAUCUUAAAUCUUCAUUGUGAUAUUCUACUAUGUAAAUAUUAUCUUCUGCUUGUGAAUGCUAGAUUUGUUUUUACUAUUCUUUUAGAAAUAAUGUUAUUUUUUAUUAUUAUCUACUUGAAAAAAUAUUAAUUCAAUAUUUGAUAGUUAGCAUUUUGUAUUUAGUUUGUGGUAUUCAAAGCAUUUUUGAGCGCUAAGGAAGUUAAAGAGGAAGUACAGUAUUAUCUGUGUGUUAGUUAAGUUUAAAGUAUAAACCAUUUAUUUGUUCAUAAAAAU